AUGCGGGCACAGGUGCUUCUAAAGCGCUCCUUGCUCAGCACGGCUGGGGCUCGGGCUCUCCCCUCCCUGGGCCGCCUCUCCCGCCUCCUCCACGAAGAUGCCCCCUUCACCCCCCACUCAGACCCGGUGUCCUGCCUGCCCCCCAUCCUCCGUCCCUGCUCCAGGACACCUGCCCUCCCCGCUGUGGACACGCCCCGCAGGUGUGCUGAUGGGCAGGUCGUGGGCCACCCUGCCUUCAACCAGGGUCUCUCAAGGACAGGCCGGGCCUUGCUCAGCCCGCCUCCCCUGGGCCCUUCCUCCUGGGACUCCGGGGUCCCUGCUCACCUGUGGCUGCACGUGCUGAGGCAUAAGAGCCCCGGGAGCAGCGUCGGCUCCUGCCUGAUGGGAGCUGUGUGUAGACAGUGCGGCUCCCGGGACCCACCUGCGCUCUGUGCUCCACACCCUUUCCCAGAGCUGGCAAACAGAACUCUGCCUCUAAAAAAUGUCAGAAAGAGAAGGUUCCGUAAGAGAGCAAAGAAGAGGUCUGUUGAGUCACCAGGUGUGGAAAAAGAAGUAAAGCGGUUGCUGAGCACGGAUGCUGAAGCUGUCAGUACCCGUUGGGAGAUAAUUGCUGAAAACAAAACAAAAGAAACAGAAAAUCAAGGCCUUGAUAUGUCUUCCCCAGGAAUGUCUGGCCACAGGCAGGGCCAUGACUCAUUAGAACAUGAUGAGCUUCGGGAGGUAUUCAAUGACCUCAGCAGCAGCAAAGAUGAAGAUGAGACACAGCAUCAAGACGAAGAAGAUAGAAACAUCAUUGACACUGAGGAAGAUCUGGAAAGGCAGCUACAGGACAAGCUAAAUGAAUCAGAUGAACAGCACCAAGAAAACGAGGGAACCAAUCAGCUGGUUAUGGGAAUUCAGAAACAGACUGAUAACAUGAAAGGCACGCUCCAAGAGAUCCAGGACAGGGCAAAGCCACAGGAGGAUCUCAUCAUGAAAGUGGAAAACCUGGCUCUUAAGAACAGAUUUCAGGCUGUGCUGGAUGAACUGAAACAAAAGGAGGACCGAGAAAAGGAGCAGCUCAGCUCCUUGCAAGAAGAGCUGGAAUCACUCCUAGAGAAGUGA